GCAUCUGCUACGUCCAAGAUGAACAUCUGCAACAAGCCUUCCAACAAGACAGCCCCUGAGAAGAGUGUGUGGACAGCACCUGCACAGGCCAGCGGACCUUCCCCAGAGCUGCAAGGCCAGCGGUCCCGUCGGAAUGGGUGGAGUUGGCCUCCUCACCCACUUCAGAUUGUGGCCUGGUUGCUGUACCUCUUCUUUGCUGUGAUCGGCUUUGGGGUCCUUGUUCCUCUCCUGCCUCACCACUGGGUGCCUGCUGGCUACGCUUGCAUGGGUGUCAUCUUUGCUGGUCACCUCGUGGUGCACCUGACUGCAGUCUCCAUCGAUCCAGCAGAUGCCAAUGUACGGGACAAAAGCUAUGCAGGACCCCUGCCCAUCUUCAACCGCAGCCAACAUGCACAUGUCAUUGAAGAUCUGCACUGCAACCUGUGCGACGUGGACGUGAGUGCACGCUCUAAGCACUGCAGUGCUUGCAACAAAUGCGUGUGUGGUUUUGAUCACCACUGCAAGUGGCUCAACAACUGCGUUGGCGAGAGGAACUACCGCUGGAGCUCUGGGGUGCUGACAGCUGCCCAUGGCUGGGCCAGGCUCUUUCUACACAGUGUGGCAUCUGCUUUACUGGGUGUCCUGCUCCUGGUGCUGGUGGCCACUUAUGUUUUUGUGGAGUUCUUUGUCAACCCCAUGCGGCUGCGUACCAACCAACACUUUGAAGUCCUGAAGAAUCACACCGAUGUGUGGUUUGUGUUCUUGCCUGCUGCUCCUGUGGAGACCCAGGCUCCUGCCAUUCUGGCCCUGGCUGCCCUACUCAUCCUUCUUGGCCUGCUGUCCACAGCCCUGCUUGGCCACCUGCUCUGCUUCCACAUUUACCUCAUGUGGCACAAACUCACCACCUAUGAGUACAUCGUGCAGCACCGCCCACCACAGGAGGCAAAAGGGGCCCACAGGAAGCUUGAAUCAUGUCACCCCAAGAUGCGACCAAUUCAGGAGAUGGAGUUCUACCUGAGGACCUUCAGCCAUGUACGCCCAGAGCCCCCUGGCCAGGCCAGGCCUGCUGCAAUAGAUGCAAAUCCCUCCAGGUUUCUUGCCACGGGAGGCCCAGUGGAACCUCCUCAUCCCUCCUCCUCAGACACGCUGGCCCUGCCUCCCAGGAUCCGACCCCAGAAAAAGAGGAAGCGGUGCAUGUAUAAGGUGCCGAGGUCUGGGAUCUUGGACCGGGAGUCCCAGCUGUCCAGGCUUCGGGGGCUCCGGGGCCCAGGCCGCCGCUCCAGCUCAUCGACUGAUUCUUCCAGUGCCAGCCCGGUGCACGCCGCCGGUCCUGCAGGCGCCUACCACUCGGCGUCAGCAGAGUCUAUGGACGAGAUUCCAGUGGCUCAGACGCGCCUGGGCAGCGCCGCCCUGGCGGCCCCGGCGGGCAGGGGCCGAGAAACAGGGCUGGCGCUUCAGGCUCGUGCACCGGCGGUUUUCGUGAGCCUAAGCAGCGGCGAGCCCGGGACACCGGGAGGCCGGGAGGGAGGCCUGAAUUAGCCUCACCUAAAGGUAGGAGGGCCGAGGAGGAGCGGCCGGCCCAACUCUCUAUGCAACACCACAUUUUCGCCGCACCGAGUGCACUUUAGGGGCCCCGACGGCCGGCGGGAUCGGCCUUGCUCCCUGCGACUCAGCAAUAUUAGUCCCACCGGCCCCGAUGCGCCAAUAAACUUUUUUAUGCUUUU